UGGUAAAUCUUAGGCUUGUAAAGGAGUUAAUUAGCGGAAACCGUUCACAACUUCAAAGUGAUCUCAUGUCACCUGUCAAUUGUCAACUGUAAUGCCACCACACUCUGAUGGCAUGCUCAGUAAUACGAUCUUCCUCAUCAAGGAGGAGAGAAGAGGUUGAUCAGCAUUGAAUAUUUUCAGAAUAGUUCAAUGCAACAAAGAACGCGUACUUGCGCCGCCAAGAAGUACACAACUCCGAAAUUUUGACAGCUAGAAACCAGGGCUACCAUCAUAUGGCAAGUGCUAGCGUAUUGGAGUCUUGUAAUUCCUAGUACCAAGAUUAUUAAACUCCUCUAGGCUGAAGAUUCUUCCGAGCAAUCUAGGCAUUCGCCUGCAUGUAGAGAGCAGAAUUGGUCCCGGUGCAUGCCAUCAUGACGUUUUCCAUCAAUCGCCGUGAAAGCUACCACAGCAGGAAUUGACCGUCGUGAAAGCAAGUAUAUAUAUCGACUGCUCCAAUACCAUCAACGACUCAUCAGUUAAACAUCAGUCUAGCAGACAAUACUUUCACCAUGUUUGCUGCCACCGUUCUCUCCCUCCUCUCGGUCCCAUUGGCCGCAGCCCUUGCACCAGGCCUCACACUUGAGUACUCGGUUGAAUUACCUACACAAGGUAUCUUCAUCUCCGCUGAUGGACGCAAGUUUCUUUCCCAGCGCUAUUCUACCACUUUACCACCGAUUACUGUAGAGCUCCUAGCCGACAACACCACAGUAUUGUAUCCUGAUGCUUAUUGGAACUCCUACAACGCAAGCGACUCGAGCUCUGACCCAAGCCUUCAAUUUGUCAGUAUCGACGGUGCCAGAAUCGGACCUGAUGGUCGUUACUGGUUGGUUGAUGGUGGUUCAAGCGGUGUCAACGGAUCUACUAAGCUGGUAGGAUGCAACCUUACCACCAAUGAAGCAGACAAAAUCUACUAUCUCGAUAGCAUCAUUGCUUCCAACAGCGGUAUCGACGACGUGCGCUUCAGUGCCAGUGGGGAAGUUGCCUACCUAAGCGACACUGCCGGAGCUCUCGUCGUCUUGAACAUGACAACCGGAGAUGGAGUUCGUGUUCUUGUUGACGACCCAUCUGCUGUUGCAUGGUUCCCUAUGAUGUACAACCAUACACUUGUUCCUGGCUACGGUGCCGCAGGUAGCACACUCGCUGUUGGUUUGGAUCAAAUUGAGGUUUCCCCCGAUGGAGUCUACCUCUACUACCAACCAUGCAAUGGGGGACUUUACCGCAUCGAGACCGCCUACGUCGAUGCUGCAUUGACCAAUAGCACGCUCGCUGCAUCUCUCGCCGACUACGCCACUGCCUUUGCUUUAACACCCAGUACCGGUGGAACCACCAUCGACGGCGAUGGAAACGUCUACGUUUCCGAUACCAACUUGCUUGCCAUCUGGAAAGUCACUCCUGAGGGAUAUGCAUCUAUUCUUUUUCAAGACGAUGCUCUGCUCUGGACUGAUCUUAUGUGGGUUACAUCCGACAAAAAGUUGUGGCUCCCAGCUUCUCAAAUGAGACCUGGUGGAAAUGGAUUGAUGGCUGAGGGCCCCAAUAACAUUUUCUCAUACCCUAUUGACGCUGGUCCAUCCCCAAUCGAUCACGCCUAAGUUUUAGAACCCGAUGGACUGCUGGCUAGAAGUAUCAAGCUAUUCUGAGCAUCAAAAGCCUGUACAUUUAGUUAAUUUCUCCGGAGAUUCAGGAUUCCCGAAAUUGGACACAAGCUGUUAGUAGGAUAAUUGUAAAUAGCUGAAGAUCAUUUCUUCAAACCUAAUGAGAGAAGUUCUCGGUACUCUAGAGACUUGAUU